AUGUACCUGAAAGCUGACUCUGGCCAAGUCAACAAGGACAUUUACGAGACGCUGUCUCCUGUGGAGAAAAUGCUGAGUAACAGGCUAAGUAGGAUGCUACUGGACCUCUCCAACCAAGAGCUUGAGCAGGUAGCAAAGUUUAUGGGACAUGACAUCAGAGUACACUGUAACUACUACAGGCAGACUGAUAAAACCUUCCAAGUAGCUAAAGUUGGAAAGCUUCUAUUUGCAAUGGAAGGUGGAGCCAAAGCACUUAAAGGAAACAAUCUUAAGACCCUGGAUUCAGCAGUAUAUGCCGAAACAGAGAUUCAAUCAAAGAGCGAAGAGGAGCGCCACUCCAUGUCUGAACACUCUGACAGAGAGGACCACGAAGAGGAAAGCCCCCUGGACCGGGCGUCCAAGAUUAAACCACACAGAAAGAGACCCUUGAACAAAGGCACUGAUGAGUUUGAUGGAGCUGAUGGAGACGAAGAGGAAAGCCCCCUGGACCGGGCGCCCGAGAUUAAACCACACAGAAAGAGACCCUUGAACAAAGGCACUGAUGUGUCUGAACACUCUGACAGAGAGGACCACGAAGAGGAAAGCCCCCUGGACCGGGCGUCCAAGAUUAAACCACACAGAAAGAGACCCUUGAACAAAGGCACUGAUGAGUUUGAUGGAGCUGAUGGAGACGAAGAGGAAAGCCCCCUGGACCGGGCGCCCGAGAUUAAACCACACAGAAAGAGACCCUUGAACAAAGGCACUGAUGUGUCUGAACACUCUGACAGAGAGGACCACGAAGAGGAAAGCCCCCUGGACCGGGCGUCCAAGAUUAAACCACACAGAAAGAGACCCUUGAACAAAGGCACUGAUGAGUUUGAUGGAGCUGAUGGAGACGAAGAGGAAAGCCCCCUGGACCGGGCGCCCAAGAUUAAACCACACAGAAAGAGACCCUUGAACAAAGGCACUGAUGUGUCUGAACACUCUGACAGAGAGGACCACGAAGAGGAAAGCCCCCUGGACCGGGCGUCCAAGAUUAAACCACACAGAAAGAGACCCUUGAACAAAGGCACUGAUGAGUUUGAUGGAGCUGAUGGAGACGAAGAGGAAAGCCCCCUGGACCGGGCGCCCGAGAUUAAACCACACAGAAAGAGACCCUUGAACAAAGGCACUGAUGGUGCUCCAAAACAGACCAAGAGACCAUGGAGUGCGGAGGAAAAGAAUGCAGUGGAAAGAAGGAUGGGCAAAUUCAUUGCUGUGAGACGGGUUCCUCGGAAAGAAGCCUGCAUGUUGUGCAUCACACAGGAGUCCCCAGCACUGAAGAACCGCACGUGGAAAGAUGUCAAGUAUUAUGUUUACAAUGAGAUAAUUAAAGUCAAGAGAAGGCUGUUUUAG